UAGAGUCUUUCCUUUCGUAUAGUGCUUGUUUCACCUGGCCACUGCAUCAAUCAUGUACAAUGUGAAACCUCCCCCGCUUACCAGGAAUUAUACUACCUACUAAAGAGAUUCAAAUUGAAAAGCCAAUGAUGGAAGUUUCAUUUAGCGUCUGCUACACCUUAAUCACGCUGACAACGUUGCUUCCACGCUGUAGUCAAUCUCAGACCGUGGAACCUACACAAUAUCAUUACUAUGGACUAAAUGAAUCUACAAAAGAGUAUAGCUGCGAUAACCCAAGAUUUGUAUUUUAUCAUUAUCUUUCAUGGAGCAUAGCACCAGCAAUGUUGAUUGUUCUCGUUUUGUCGUCCUGGCAACCAAGGAAGAAGAUGUGUCCCGGGUGUUGUGACAACCGUCCAGGUAUUCCAUUUCCGGUGAACCUUGUAGAUUCGUACGAUGACCGUCUACCUUUUGCAUGCGCUUUCGCUGUCACUUCAUCCUGCAUUUUAGAUCUCUUCCUUAAUGUUCACUUUUUCCAGCCAGACAUCAGUAAUGUUCCGCAAAUGUUAGCAGGUACUAUCCAGGUAAUUGUUGGUUUUGUGAAUGUCAUCGAAGUUUGCCUUGCUUACUACCCCCUGUUACUCUGCCUAUCAACACCUGCUCUGGUGCUUGGCAACUUUCUUGGAUUUCUGUACACGUUAAACUGGAUGUUUUUCUACCUUAUACGUUUUAUAGACUGCCCUGUUGGCACUGGGGUCCUUGGUAAUUUCAAUGCGGAAGUGCUCGGUCCGAUAUAUUUCUGUUAUUGUAUACUUCUCUUACGGUUUGCAUAUGGGUUUGGAAAUGCUGUAGGAAAUUGGUAUCGCACGUCGUAUAAGGACACGAGGAUAGGUAACACAUCACUAUCUAGUAGCAGCUCGGACGUUACAGUCACUCAGAUAGAGGACAAUGACCCGAUCUUCUGCGCAUUCAAAAAAACUCACUAUUACCAAUACGUUCUGGCACUGAUGAAACCAACCCAAAAGAAUGAAAGUCGAUGCAGAAGAUACCUUUCGAAAGUGUACAAGGUCGUCCCUCAUACAUUUUGGGUAACAUGCUGGCUCUCCUACACCGUAGUGAUGAUAUCGCUCUUUCAUGGCCUCGUCGUUUACAGACGCGAUUCCUUAAUGUUAUAUAAAGGAGAUCGAUCUGCGUUUCCACAAGAUUAUUCGCAUCCAUCCAUCGUUGUAUCGAGCUUGCGCUAUUCUGGAUACCAUAUCGGUUACACACUAUGGGAGUUUUUCAUUUUUCAAAUCACAUCUUGGACUUUACUUUUCUUUAUAUACUUUUUUAUUGUAAUUCCACUUAAAGAAGGUUACGAUUCUAUUCUCAUCAAUGCAUUACGAAAUUAUUGGUUAACACUAGUACUCGGGUACAUUUUUUUUUACGGCCAGCUUUUGGUCGUCAAAUAUUGCUGUCUGCAUGAGAAAGGCAGAAUACUGGGUCUCAAUAACAGACGUUGGUUUCACGUAGUCAAUUAUACGUUUUUCUUCUUCCACGUCAUAACCGGCCUUGUCUCCUGUCUUCUGCGAAUCAUUAAAAGUGUUAUUUUUGGCGCAAUGUUCAUCGGUCGUAUUGACCGGUGCGUGCUUAUGAGAGGGUUUGAAUUAUGGGAUUCAGGCUAUAAUGCAUACUUUGGGUUCUUGAAACUGGAAGUUGCUCAUACUCACCCUGUAUUAGUCACAUUUUGUCAAAUAUUAUGGAGCACGAUUAGACUUCGCCGACAGGAGACUAGUAUCGGCUUUAAAGUUAACAUUGAUAAUGAAGUCAGUCUACCAGAAACUAGAAAAAGAAAUCAAGUGGCACGUAACCGAUGGUUUGUUGCUUUAACUCUAAUGCGUAACCAACACAUAUUCGUCAAUCGCAAGCCACUACUGCCAGAACUCGAGCGGAUAAGAAAUGAAAGAUUGCAAAAGCAAAAAAGUGAAAUAUCGGCGAUGUCGGUCGUAGUUGACGGGCUGGAUUCUGCAGUUACUACGUCACUGUGAUUUGCUAUGAUAGAGACUAACGAUGUUCAAAAUCCAUCACGAUUUUUGUGAAUAACGACAAAAUGAUGGAAGCAUACAUUUCCGCCUUAAACUGCAUGGGAACGAUAAUCAUUUCUCGGACACAUGCAGUAAUAAUAUCAUUCGGUGUGGUGUUAAAUUUAUCAUUUUGUUAGCAACAUAAUACCUGUUGGAGUAUCGAUUUCUGCGAAGAUAUGACGAGGGCUAACGACACACCUUAAUAAGAUUUAUUUUCAUAAAUCAUUUUCUAUUGCUUGUUAACUAAAUAAACAAAAUGCAGUAAGCAUAUUUAUUUAAUAAUAUCUUUAACCAGGAUGGCACAAUUAUUUGUGGAAAUGUUUUUAAUUUUGAUCAUGGGUAUAUAAAUGGGAUGCAGAACUACUGUGUAAGUAAGGGGAAAUUAGCUUUGUACGUCUUCUACAAAAAAUUACAUAUUGAAAUAAUUAUUCUUAUUAGCCUUAAGCAUUCCACUCGUAACAUUCUUAUUUACUAAAUAAACAAAAUGCAGUAAGCAUAUUUAUUUAAUAAUAUCUUUAACCAGGAUGGCAUAAUCAUUUGUGGAAAUGUUUUUAAUUUUGAUCAAUGGUAUAUAAAUGGGAUGCAGAACUACUGUGUAAGUAAGGGGAAAUUAGCUUUGUACGUCUUCUAAAAAAAAUUACAUAUUGAAAUAAUUAUUCUUAUUAGCCUUAAGCGGUUAAUGAUUUUUAUUUGUUAAUUAGAACUAAUACUUUCAUAAAUCGAAGUUUUCAUCAAUAUAUCGAAACUUUAUUGUAAAUUUAAAGAUCUGUCCAGAUUAUCAAAUUUUAUUUGACAAAAAAAAAUGUGGCAUGCCUACAUACGGUCAGGAUGACAUCACAUCAUGACCAUAUAUGUGCACAUCAUGAUUAUAUUUGGGUAUACAACAAGGAUUUUUUUCAAAAAAAAAUCUGAUAGUGUGGUUAGAGCUCCUGUCAAUGUUUUCCUUAAAAAGCUAUACGUAGUUUUUAUGACGUCAUCAGAUACCUACUCCCGAUUUUUAUGUCGCCAUAAUGUACGUGUUGAGUACAUAAAAUACUGUGAAAUAUGUAGUGACGAAUGUAGCUUUCUAAGUAUGAUAUGGAUACAAAAUGAUAGUUUAUAUUAUAUCGUUUUAACGAUCAUGAUGAUUUCAAGCCAUCCAAGCUGAGCAUUAUUGAAGGCUCUAUUAUCAAGUCUCUCGCUGGUGGGAUAUUUUAAGAUUUGCCUACCUUCUUGGAAUCGGAAGGCGAGAACUAUCUAAGAAUAUACAACUUCACUCCGAUAUAGCUAACGGCAUAAAUACGUUGUUGUCUUGUUACGUCAUACUUACGUUACCAAUAUUAAUUUUUCAUUGUUAG